AUGUUGAUUGAUUACAGGGUAUUCUUAGUGAAAAUCAAUCUCCAUGAUGCUUCUCCAUCUGUUAAGGUAGCAUAUCAAUUCAACCUUAAAGACCCUGAUUAUUAUUGCUAUGCACCACAAAGGACAAGAGACUUGUGGUUUGGAAUCCAUGUUCAGGGGAUUAAACCCAGAGAUAGGUACAAGAAACACGACUACUAUGCUCUCGGUUACAACAACAAGAAGCAGUACAAAGUCUUGAGGUUGGAUAGUCAGAAGAUUCUACCAAUCAAGAAUAAGUAUGAGAUUUAUGACUUCACCUCUGAUUCUUGGAGAGUUCUUGGUGUGACUACUGAUUGGUUUUUAGCAAAAUAUCGUCGUGGCGGCAUAUCUUUCAAGGGAAAUACUUAUUGGGUUGCUACAUGGAGUCAUACUGAUUUCUUAAAGUUUUGA